GUAAAAAUGGUUUUUAUUAGAAAUGAGAAAGGAAUUGUGGGACACAAUUUUUUUGAAACGUGUAAAUAGAGUAUUUAAAAGUCUAAUGAGCAGCCAGCUCUGGGUCUCCUGCGCUGGUAGUCAUAGGAUCCCAACGAAUGAAGCGGAUAAUCCGGCAGCUCAAGGCGGAUGGAUCAUCUCCGCCGACAACUUCACAGCGACCUUUCUUCCUCCACGUCCAUCCCUUACCAAUUGACCCGACGCGCGGACUCGGAUUUCACGUCACUGACUGCCAUUCCAGCGCGUGGGAAGCUCUCAAGACCGAGGAAGACCUAGAAGACAUGAGGGACAUUACGGGUAUAGGAGGCUCUUUGUCUGAUUUUGUAGAUUACGUUUUAGCUUCCUUCAAUUCCGAGGAUGUAAAGCUUGUUCUGGAUGGAGACUCCAUGGAGGCUGCCCGUGUUAAAUUAAUUGCUCAGAAAGCAAAGGGAAUGCCCCGAAUCACCAUAUCACUCAGUAAACUGGUCGGUGCUGCUGCAAGUGAGGCCGUGGCUAAUCUCUCCUUGGAGCUCUAUAAAUCAUUCAAGGAUGUCCAGAGUAUGCUUAUUAGUGAGCAAGAACGGUGUUGUCACUUGAGUAAAGCAUUGUCUGUAGAGCAGGAAAAGAGCGAAACUAUCCAGAAGCAACUGGAUGAAUUUAUGUACUCAAAAAGGCAGAACUUGAGUAAUGCAGGCGACAAAUCAUUAUCAGAUGCUCCGGAUAAUAGAGGACAACAGCCCCCAACAAAAGUUGUUAAGCGUGUCGUGCCAACUCAUCGCAGGGCCAAAGUCAGAGGAGUACUUUUGCAGGACACUGAAGAUGAUGAACAACAAAAUUAGGCAAAUUAUUUUUCAAUGCCCCUUCUACAGAUCUCUCUGGUAGCUGAAGACAUUCUUUGGAUUGUGUGGUGUAUUUCGAACGAUGAACAUCAUCACUAGUGUCCUUCUGGGACCGGUUCGACAGUUAUCUGCGAAUUAUUUUCUUCUUCAUAUAAGGACAGGAUCUUGUUUUUAAUUUUUUUUUUGUGUCGGACGGAUGACUUGUUGUGUAAACUUUUUUUUACUUUACACUAUGGAGUCUCUUGGAAAUAGAUUUGCUACAUGUGAGUACGGUUAAUGCUUGCAGACACUCGACUUGCCCAAACCCU